UCAGGCCUAAGACCUGUUCUAGUUCUAGGCGGGGCCAGGCCUACAGAGACCAGGGGGGCCGUUAUUAGAGGUGUGUGGGGGGUGUGAGAAAAGGAAGAAGGAGGAAGGAGGGGGGCAUCAGCUUCUUGGACAAGCCGUUCUGCCCCACUGUCAGGUAGUUGAGAUUUUGUUUGCCCAAAGCGCUGGUAGACAUGGACAUGGCAGACUACAGCGAGGCUCUGGACCCGGCCUACACCACGCUGGAGUUUGAAAACAUGCAAGUGCUCCCCUUGGGCGCAGACUCCUCGCCGGCUGAAAGCGCCAGCAUGAACGCCACAGGCCACCUGGCAGCAGGCAGCCUUUGCGCCAUAUGUGGUGACAGAGCCACGGGAAAGCACUACGGGGCCUCCAGCUGCGACGGCUGCAAGGGCUUCUUCAGGCGCAGCGUCCGCAAGAACCACAUGUACUCCUGCAGGUUUAAUAGACAAUGCAUUGUGGACAAAGACAAGAGAAACCAAUGCAGAUACUGCAGGCUGAAGAAAUGCUUCAGAGCUGGCAUGAAGAAGGAAGCUGUACAGAAUGAGAGAGACAGAAUCAGCACCAGGAGAUCCAGCUACGAAGACAGCAGUUUACCGUCCAUCAACGCACUCAUUCAGGCAGAUGUUCUAUCGAGACAGAUCACGUCGCCUGCACCCAUACUGAACGGGGACAUAAGGACCAAAAAGAUCGCCACCAUCACCGACGUCUGCGAGUCCAUGAAACAGCAGCUGCUGGUCCUGGUGGAGUGGGCCAAAUACAUCCCGGCCUUCUGCGACCUGCCUCUGGACGACCAGGUGGCGCUGCUUCGAGCUCAUGCUGGGGAACAUCUCCUGCUGGGUGCAGCUAAGAGGUCCAUGCUCUACAAAGACAUCCUCUUAUUAGGAAAUGACCACAUUAUUCCCAGAAACUGUCCAGAGCUGGAGGUGGGCAGGGUGGCGGUGAGGAUCCUGGAUGAGCUGGUGCUUCCAUUUCAGGAGCUCCAGAUAGACGACAAUGAAUACGCCUGCUUGAAGGCCAUCGUUUUCUUUGACCCAGACGCGAAAGGCCUGAGUGACCCGGGAAAGAUUAAGCGAAUGCGAUACCAGGUCCAGGUCAGUCUGGAGGACUACAUCAAUGACAGGCAGUACGACUCCAGGGGCCGAUUCGGAGAGCUCCUUCUGCUGCUGCCGACGCUACAGAGCAUCACCUGGCAGAUGAUUGAGCAGAUCCAGUUUGUUAAACUCUUUGGCAUGGCAAAGAUCGACAAUUUACUGCAGGAAAUGCUUCUUGGAGGUUCGGCUAACGAAGCCCCGCAUGCUCCCCACUCUCUGCACCCCCACCUGGUUCAAGAGCACCUCAGCAGCAACGUUAUAGUGACCAGCAACAUGCCGACGCUGAUCCACAACGGCCAAAUCUCCACUCCUGAAACCCCGAUCCCGUCUCCACCCACCGCCUCCGGAUCAGAACAUUAUAAAAUCCCUCAGGGCGUCAUCGCCACGGUGCCAAAACAGCCGACCUCCAUCCCCCAACCAACCAUCACCAAGCAAGAGGCCAUAUAACAAAAGCUUAAAUCCUUUCUCUUUUAUGCUUUUUUAUAUUGUGAAAACUUUAUACUUAGUCAGCAAUGAUGUUGGCAACUUCAGAGUAGCUAAAUAUAUAUAUAUAUAUAUAUAAAAUGUAAUUACAAGCUCCUUACAAUAGCCUUCAGGGACAUAUUUGUACAUAAAAUGCAGCCGUGGCUGCAGGAUGAGUCCGAAAAAAAUCGACCUGCUUUGCAGUUUUUCCAGGCAUUUACGGUUCUGUAAACGCACGUCAUCAUCAGAUGACAUAUGCAUGCGCAGCGAGGCUCAUCGUAGCCGUGGCGACGUGAUCAUGUGAGUAUUUUAUGAAUGUUACAACAAGCCUUACAUUUUCAUACAUUUAAUGUAGCACGGUUCUUUGUUUAUUUGGUGAUAAACUUAGAAGCUAAAGGAAAGCCCUUGAAAAAGUUCAGCUUUUUAGGGUUUUUUUUUUAUUUAUGCAAAGCUGAAUGCAUAUUCACAUGAAAGAAUCUAAAAGACCAUAUUUUGUAAAUUUAGACCCAUGAUACCCUGGCUUGGCACACAGUUUCCCAAUGAUGUGUUGUGUUAGUUUUACAAAAAAAGAAAAGAAAAAGAGUUUAUAUAUAUAUAUAUA